AUGGAACUUGAUAAGGUGCAUAACGUAUUCCAUGUUUCUCAACUUAAAAGAUAUGUACCUGAUGCGUCUCAUAUAUUGAAACCUGAGGAGUUGGAAAUGGACGAUUCGUUAGUAUACGAAGAAAAACCAAUUCAGAUCUUGGAUUCUAAAACCCGAGAUACGAGAAGGAAAUUAGUCAAAAUGAUCAAAGUUCAAUGGUCGAACCAUAGUUUUGAGGAGGCCACGUGGGAAUUAGAAAGCGUUAUGAGGGAACGUGAGGAGGCCACGUGGGAAUUAGAAAGCGUUAUGAGGGAACGCUAUGAGGCCACGUGGGAAUUAGAAAGCGUUAUGAGGGAACGCUAUCCAGAAUCGUGGGAAUUAGAAAGCGUUAUGAGGGAACGCUAUCCAGAAUUAUGGGAAUUAGAAAGCGUUAUGAGGGAACGCUAUCCAGAAUUAUUUAAUUCAGGUGUGUAG